AUGGCUUUUUCUCAAAAGUAGCAGUUGGGUUAGAAUUAUCUUUCAGCUGGAGGUGCAAAUACUAAACUCACAACCCCUGCUUAAUUAACUUAAGGCCCGAAGAGCAAUCCCAGAUCAAUUCAAAGCAGCAAUAGUUAAGGUAGAUUCCAAGGAUCAAACUUAAAUGCUAAUGGCAAAGCUUUUGCUUACGGCACUACUUAAGCGAGUGGAGAUGCUUUCUCAGUUAGAAGUCAUCUCUCAGAUAUGGAGAACACCUUGUCUGAUAUAAUAACAGAAAUUAAAUAUCACAGGCAGCAAGUAGGCAUGAUUAAAUCUGAAAAGGAGACUCUUGAGUCUGUGCUAUCAAUGAAGAUUGAUGAUGCCAAAAAGACUGUCUAGAAUGAAGAAAAAAGAGUGAGAAAUGAUAUGAUGAGGAACAAAGAUAACCAGCACACUGAAACUGGCAGACUUCACUAUUAAAUCAAGAAUCUGCAAGUUGAAAGCAAUACCAUGCAAUAAAAACUGCUAGGUCUUCAGAGAAGAAUCCAAGAGAUGGAAAGUCAUGUUGGAAUUCAUGAUGAUAAAUGA